AAAACUUACCAAGUCGUCGACCAAGAAUGGCUCAAUCCAAGGAAAGCCCGGACGAAGCUAAACAGGAUGAGAUCAUCUUCAAUAUUGGAGAUACAAUUAAUGACUACGAGAUAGUAAGUAAGAUCGAUGAAGGCGGGUUUGGUCAAGUAUUCAAAGUAACAAAAGAUCAUAAAACAUUUUAUGCGAUGAAAUUAGAAUCGAAUUUUCAAGUAGGAGGAUCUGCAAUUAAACUGGAGAUAAAUGUACUUAGUCAGCUACCGAAGAAUACAGUAUUCCCAGAAUUAAUCUGUGGCGGAAAGAGACCUCGUUAUCAUUUUCUAGUUCUCGAACUACUCGGAGACAAUCUCAAGGCUCUAAAAGCUCAGAGUCCCAAUCCUAGUGUUUUUUCUGAUGGGACAUGGUCAAGAAUUGGGAUUCAAUGCUUGUAUGCCAUGAAGAUGAUGCAUGACUCUGGAUUCGUGCACAGGGACAUCAAGCCAAGCAAUUUUGCAAUCGGAUACAGCACAGCAUCGGAGAGCCGAAGUCGACGAGUACUUCUCUUCGAUUUCGGAUUGGCUAGGAAAUUCGUGAAGAAGGAAAAAAACUUGGCUCCAAUUGUCACCAAGAAAGAGUCAAAAAUAUCAAAAUCUAAGACACUUCCGUCAAAAGGACCAAGUACAAAGUCUAAAGACCUGAAGCCCGGACGAUCCAAACCGAUUCUAAAUCGAAAAGCAGAGCAAAUGAAGAUAAAGAAAAAUUUCAACAUGCUAAUUCCACCCAAAAGUAUCGACCAAAGUCAACGGACUGCUGAGGAGAAGGUUGAUGAUGAGGAGUUCACGUUCCGAAGAGCGAGACCACACACUGAUUUUCGUGGAACUUUUCAGUACGCCUCUCCGAAUGCUCAUUUGCAACUUGAACUGGGUCGUCACGAUGACAUUUGGUCCUUGAUGUACAUGGUCGCCGAGUUUUUCGUGGAGCUACCCUGGACGAGCAAUGAGGAAAUUGCACUGGAAGAACUAAAAAAUCAGUCGAGCAUUCUGCGCUUGUUUUCUGACGACAAAAACCCGUCCCGAUUGACACCCGAAAUGCGUGGUCAACUGGAUGAAAUUGAUAAGAACCUCAAAUCAUGCAACUAUUAUAGUAGUCCAAAGUAUGAUAUCGUCUAUCAAUUUUUCAAAGAUUCGAUGACAAAGGCAAAGGUUACCUGGACGACACCAUAUGAUUGGGAGACAAUUGGAAAAUCGUCGGAAGAUUUUUCGAAGAAAUCCAACGGAAAACGAGCGGUUUGGGAGAAUCCUGGCGCCUUUUUCAAGAAAGGGCGCUGGGAUGCACUUCCUCUGCCACUUCAAUCUCCACAUAUUUCGAUCAGGAAAUCGUCGUCGAAACAUCCGAAACCAUCAGCCAAAGGAUCCAAGAAAGCCGUUCAAGCGAGAAUUCAGAAUUUCAGUAAAGAAGAUUCGGUGGAAGCUGACGAGGCUCCAACACCUAUGUUGAAAUCAACGAAAAAGGAUGGGAUGGGUGGACAGAAGGGUGGCUUAAAGGGAUCUAUUGAAUGAUGCUAUCAAUAAAAAGUUGAUGUGA